AUGACAACAGCACCUCAAGAUUUACAAAUCGCCAUUUUGGGCGCCGGAAUGGGCGGUUUGACUUCCGCUUUGGCUCUCGCGCAGCAGGGAUUCAAGAACAUUGAUGUUUAUGAAAGUGCCACAGACCUCGGCUUUGUUGGCGCUGGUAUUCAAUUAGCACCUAACAUGGCCCGCAUUUUGGAUAGACUCGGUGUCUGGAAGGGCAUUGAGGCCGAGGCCGUGAAUAUUGAGGACACAUCAGUUCGUGACGGCGCAACGGACACUCAACACGCAUAUGUGGAUCUGCGGUACAUUGAAAAGACAUAUGGAUAUAAGCACAUGGUUGGCCAUCGUGCAUCACUAUCCAAUGGACUAUACAAUGGCUGCAAGCAACAUUCCGAAAUCAAGUUCCACUUCGGAGUCAGCGCAGAUGACGUGGACUCUUUCGGCCCUCGGCCAUCAUUCACAGCUACCCCCCGCGCCGAGGGAGCUGCUCCGUUUAAUGUCGAGUGUGAUGUGCUUCUCGCCGCAGACGGUAUUAAGAGUGCCACCCGCGUCGAGAUGAUGAAGCGGGUAGGUGCCGACGUUGGCGUCAAGGACACCCACCAAGCCGCGUAUCGAAUCAUGAUCCACAAGGAGCAAAUCAAAGACGACCCCGAGCUUCUGGCCCUCAUCAACAGCAACCGUGUGACCCGCUGGAUUGGCGAAAAACGUCACAUUAUCGCCUACCCCGUCUCCAACAAUACCAUCUACAACCUCUCCACCACCCAGCCCGACAGCCACUUCGCAUCUGCGACAAACGCUACCUAUACCACCAAGGGCUCCAAGCCUGCUAUGAUGGACGUCUUCUCUGACUUCUGCCCCAUGGUCCAGCGCCUGCUAGAUUACGUUCCGGAAGGUGAGGUCUGCGAGUGGAAGCUGCGCGUCCACGACCCGCUCCCGACUUGGGUUCUCGACUCUGUCGCCUUGGUUGGUGAUGCUUGCCACCCUACCCUGCCGCACUUGGCUCAGGGUGCUGCCCAGGCGAUUGAAGACGGAGCCGUUCUCGGUGUCGUUCUUUCCAAGCUCCCUGAUACCACCCCGCAGUCUAUCAACAAGGCUCUCCGUGUUUACGAGAGAGUCCGCAAGAGCCGUGCUGAGGCUUUGGUCGAUAUGGCUACUGCUUCUGGUCGUGCCCUGCACUUGGGUGAGGGUGCUGCCAAGGAGGAGCGUGACAAGCAGUUCGCUGCCCUCCGCGCUGGCAAGGGUCCUGUGCCUGAUAAGUGGGCCGAUGCCGAUGUGCAGCGUGAGAUCUACGGCUUUGACUGCGCUAAGGUCGCCGCGGAUGAUUUUGAUGAAUACUUCCAGAAGAUGUAA